ACAAAAUUAACGAGCUUCCCUUUUCAACAUUUUCAAACGCCACGUGCUAUGAACUUCCCUUUUCAAAACGACCGUUGCAAACGUCACAACAGCUAACGCAUCGUAACGCUUCUCGAAACCCCGCACAGGGAAGAAAAAGCAGGCCAAAGCGAAAUCGACAAGAAAGUGUAGGAACCAAAACAAAACCACCCUCCUCACAUUAUUACAACCCCCAGCAACAGCGCCAUCAAACCCUCCACACCAGAAGAACCGGUUUUACGCACGAAAAAGCACGCGCUCCGUCUCGACGAUCAAGUCCACGAUCGGGCGCGAAAAGAAACCGCCGCAAGGAGGAGAGAAAGUGUACGCAACAAGCAAAAUGUGUGAGCCGGAGAGCCCGCCGAGAGAACGGUACGAAGAGAGGCUUUUCAAUCCGUCACCGACCACCGUACGGGUGAGUCAGACUGUGGCUGCGGCUGAGAAUCGAAGCAAACACAGCACACAGUAAGCAGAUCGUGUGACGCCCGUGUCUGUCACUUUGGGGCCGGUUUUCUGGGGCGUUGGUAGCAAAACAAUAGCGAAAUCGGUGUACCAGGUGAAGCUCGGAACAUUUGUUACAUAAAUGUGAACUAACACUGGUGUGCAGAAAACAGUGCAAAAGACAUGAAGCUCUCGGACGCGUAUGAAGCGAGAUCUCGCUCGUUGGUACUGCUGUCCGUAGUGGUGCUACUUCUGGUUGGUGAAGCUCGAGGGUUAAACCUGGUGGCGCAUAUCUCCCAGCGUGGACUGCAUGGAGAGAUUGCCUUCUCGCAGCACAACGACCGGCAGGUAUUGAUUGCAUCCGAGCUCGAGACGACGCUCCAAUAUCCGGAACAGGCGUGGAGCUGGGGCGUCUACCAGCUGCCCGUCGACUACACGAUCGUAGAUCCGCAGGAACGCUGCCAGCUCGCACGACUCGGUGAGCAGCUGUGGUCGUUCGACGAUGACUUGGGCUAUUUGAUGCUGCCGGGCAAUGAGUCGACCACCUGGCUGAACGACAUCUCGCUUACCGGCGAGAAGGGCCUGUGGGGCAAAUCGCUCGUCCUGUACGAUCCGACCAUAAACGUGCGGAUCUGUGCGACGAUUGUGACGCGCGAUGGCUCGCAGGACCACCUGGCCGAGGCACGCUUCUCCAGCCCCAUCACCGGAUCCAUCUAUUUCCGCUGGCUGGCGGCAAAGGAAUCGAACCACUCGGACACACUGAUCCACACCAACCUGUUCCACAUACGCGAUCAGUCGCGGAAGAUGGGCAGCCCAGCCUACACCGAGCACGUGUGGAAGAUUUACGUGACGGACAUUUUUGAAAGUGAGGCACAGAAUGCGGAAGAAAACUGUAACAAGCUGCAGCUGGUGUUUGAUCCACAAAAUCGCGGCGCGGGCAAUGCCAUCGGUGACAUUGAUGGUCGAGUCGGUCCGCUGCGCAUCACGACGAACGCACGGCAGAAUCAGUACCCGCAGCUCUUCCACGACCAUAAGCUCGUUCUGCUGCCGAGCGAUCUUUAUGGGCCGUCGCGCAAGCUGUACGUCGUAGUGUUUGAUCCGACUCAUCCGGAUACGUUUCUGGCCUGUGCCAAGAUCCGACACCAGAAGCCGAGAACAGCUCGCGCUCUGGUGGAUGGCGGUGGUAUGCGAGGAGAUAUGCGCUUUACUCAACGAUCCCGGUUCGAGCCUACGUGGAUCCAGGCCAGCUUCGGAGCAGCCAGCAAUGAGUCCGCGGCCAACAUUAACUACGCCAAAGAUGUCUCUAGCUUCCGGAUCAAUCAGCUUCCUUUGGAAGCUUACGCCGGUCCGGAGGAACGCUACUGUCUAACAGGUGGUGGCGUCUUCAACCCGACCGGAAUUGCCGAGAAAGAUAAGCCACCGCCUGGCUAUGGUACGCAAGAUCAGUAUCCGGUCGGUGAUCUUAGUGGAAAGCUGUUGAAUAGAAACAAAAAAGAGUCGCAUUCGUUUUAUCUGCCCGGUUCCAGUGCGGAGCUUUCAGGACUUUAUUGGGACACAUUUUUACCUCUUCAAGGACCGAACGCAAUCACCUUCCGUAGCUUCUCCGUACAGCGCUACAAUCGAACACUUCCAACAAACAUCACCGAAGCCCCGUGGGCCUGUGGAACGGUGGCGCUGUACGAGUUCAAUCGGCCUUAUCAGGUGCCAAUUCUAACGGCCCAGGUCCUGUACCGGUACCCCAUCGUGGGUCGCAUCUUGUUCCGACAGGUGAAGGAUGAACAUUGGUCGGAGACGGCCGUCAUCUUCGAGUAUCUGAUCCAUGCGGACGGCUCGAAUGUCAACAAAACGGCCGAUCAUCGGUGGGCCAUUACGGAUGAACCGCCGGGGAAGGAUUUCUACGACUGGCAGAACCGCUGCGUGAGUGCUGGUGGAGUGUACAAUCCAUUCAAGGCUGCCCCACUCAUGGGGAAAGGAUGGGAAGAGAUUUGUACCGGGUCUUCCGUAGAGUUGUGCCGGGUUGGUGAUCUUUCGAACCGGUUGGGAGCACUGGCAAUCGCUGGACAUAAGCGAGAGGCGACAGAGAUUAGUAGGAAAAUGUUUAUCGACGUGAAUCUGCCGUUGAGUGGACCUGCUAGCAUUCUUGGCCGAUCGUUGGUAAUCUUUGAUGAUAACGGACCGAAAGCGCGCGGUGAGCGUCUUGCCUGUUCAGUCAUUGGAGGAUAUCAUCGCCGAAAGGUAGUCGCCAGAGAUUGGUACUCCAAUGGUGAUUUGUUAACGAUCAAGGGGAAGCUGGAGCUGGUACAGCAAUCAGAGUACGAUCUUACGAACGCAGAAGUUGAUUUCAAGGGACUAGAUCAAAACAGUGGCUAUCAUGUGCAUGUAGCCCCCGUAGAAGGUGAUCUAGAGUUCCCCUGCGAAGACUCCACCGUGUACGGACACUGGAACCCAAGAAACGUUGAGCCCAAACAAUCACCACCCCCGGCAAUGGGCAGCACGGAUCAGUACGAGCUCGGAGAUCUUAGUGGCAAGUUUGGAACACUGGAUGGAGUGACCAUGUACGAGCAGGCGUACAAUGACACACGGUUGCCACUGUUUGGGUACGAGAGCAUUAUCGGCCGUUCGAUUGUGGUGCACAAAAAGGAAAAGAACCGGCGCUGGGCCUGCAGUACACUGGAGCGUGGAUACAGUCCGAACGAGGCGCGUGAGAUACGAGCAAUUGCAUCGUUUCAUCAUCCGGCCGGCUUUGCUUACGGGUACAUACGGUUCACGCAGCUGAUCGGUAAUGAUAACAGCCAGAGUGACACCAUCAUUGAGGUGAAGCUGCGCUACCCCGGUAAGCAUGAUCGCAAUGUGACGCACAACCACAACUGGCACAUCUGGGUGAACCCAGUCGGUGUAGAUGCAACCGUUCAGCAGGUGGAAACGCGCUGUGUAGCGGCGGGAUAUGUGUGGAACCCUUACUACACACAGCUAGCAGAUCCUUUAAAUCAAGAGCUGUACAAGCAAGAAUGUGGACCGGAUAAUCCACUGCGCUGUUACGUAGGCGACGUAGGCGCCCGGCUUGGUCCCAUCUCGAUCGGUAGCCGCCGGCAGGUAUUUACCGACAGCAAUUUCCCCCUGGAAGGUACGGUCAGCGCACUCGGCCGAUCGAUCGUCAUUUUUGGGGCCGAGUAUUCGGGCCACCGGUUCGCCUGUGCCAAGAUCGAGCCCGAUCAUGACAUUGUGAAGUACAUUAACCUGAAGAAACCGCCCCGCUUCGUGGUGGCACAGUUUCUCGAAGACGUGCGGCACGUAAUGGGCCUGCCCGAAUGGAUGCUGGCGAUCGAUUCGCGCAGCACCAAAUCGCUGCACAAUGACGCCUGCAUUCAAAUGAUCGUUCACUUCAAGGGACCGGCCGCGCACAAGAUAGAGCAAGACUUUUCGCGACUGCUCGCGGUUGGGCGGCUCGAUUCGCCGAGCAUCUACAUCCCCGGGUACGAUAAUAGCAAGCGCAAGCGGACGCUCUCCUACCGAACGUGUGGGGUACGCGAUCCGAACGAAAAGAGUGCAAAAACGCUGUUCGGAAGUAGUGGUUCGAUGCGCAAUUUACCAGCAGGUUUGGGGGUGUUGUUAGCGUUUGCGUUUGUGAGAUUAUAUAGCCAAGCUAUGGUUUAGUUGUAGGAGCUCGCUUAUUGCGCGCACUCUGUACAUGUUCCUUUAGAUUCUGCGCUUAAAUCAAUUAUUUUUUAAUAGAUAGCUCCUUGAGUCUGUGACAGGAAAUAGUCCAAAUACUCAUCUUCCAUGUUUGUAAGAUCAACGGGAUAGAAUAAAUGAAAUAAGAGCUUUCUUUAACGUUAGCCUAAAUGUAUGCUUCCUCGUGCACAAGCUUCAGUAGCUAUGAAUUUUAACUUUUUGAACUUUGAACUUUAGAGCUUGUCUGUACACUUAUAUGGCAAAGACGGAGAGUUUUCUUAGAAAUCUGGCUAAAAAUAGAACAAGACAUGAUUUUCCUAACUAUAUAUACCAGUUUUAUUUAUCUACUAUCUACUUACACACAUCCCUUCCAAGAUCUCUUAUCAAACGUUGAUAGUUCUAUACGGAAGAUAUUAUCCCUCAAUUGUUGACAUUCUCAGACAUUAAUGCAUCGCUCAGAAGCAAUUAUAUUAAGACAUCACCCUAACAAGAGCUAGAAUAUCUCUAAAAAUAGAUUGAGCUAGCAGCAGGAGCCACCUUGUGGCAAAAUAAAAUAAACUGGCCU